UGUAUUCGAGGUUCGUUAAAGAUGAACUUUCCGACCCUCAAACGUGGGGGAGUCGUCAAGAGUUCAGUUGCUGCUCAGUUUCAGUUGGCUUGCAAGUAACAACGUCAACAGAGAGGUUGUGUCUGUGAAAACCGCAGGUUCUGAUAUCUUGAGUUCCACGAGUGAUCCACUUAAACUCGUAACAGUCGAAUUAAUUUACAACAAGUUUGUUUCAGACAUGAGCGGCCAACGUAAUGAUUCUGAGUACUCGGGUUCUCAGCCAACAGGAGUACUAGACGAUCAGGAACAUGCUGGAAAUUCUGAAUUUGAGAAACAUGACGAGAAGACCGCCAACAUGGGAAAUCCUCUAAAUUCUAACAUGCAACCGAUGGACGAGUACCCCACUGACGAGUCGUACGGUAUGUUCUUUCAAGACGCUUUUAACGCGGUUAACACGGAGAUGGAAAAAUACUACUCGUGCCUGCAAAAGAUGGAAGAGAAAGAAGCUUCUGUGCAAACUGAAAUCGUAACGAAGACCGAAGAAAUGAAUAAACUAAGUCGAAUUCUACGUGGUAAAAGAGAUAGUGCUUUGCAAGCCAUCGGGCAAUUGACGACGAAGCGUAACAAUGCUCAGAAUUAAAGAAAUCAAACACAAAUUUACUGUCUACUAUCUACAUGAAAAGUUAAAGGCUAACAACUUUUGCUUUCGUUUUUUUUAAGUUGCCUUUCGUUCCAUUCUAAACCCCGAAGAAUAAAGACUCACCCUUAAAAA